UACAGCUGAAGCUGGUCUUUCUAUCAUAGACCUACAAUUGUCAGUUUUGAAGAGACACAUACCUACAGCUAACACGACAGCAAACGUCACAAUGGCUGCAACGUCUUUGAACUUUUUCAUAGAUCUACUUCGACCUAAAAAGAGAACAUACAAAUAUAGUCUAGACGAAGAAUAUGACUAUAUAGUGAUCGGAGCAGGCAGCGCAGGGUGUGUUCUAGCUAACAGGUUAAGCGCUAACUGUGGCACAAAGGUCCUUCUUUUGGAAGCUGGGGGUGAGGAUACAAAAUCUGAGAUAAAUAUACCACUGGCCCCAGCCUACCUUCAACGGACUGAAGUUGAUUGGAACUUUGAGAUCGAAAGUCAAGAACAUGCUUGCAAAGCCCAAAAAGGCCAAAAAUGUAACUGGCCCCGAGGAAAGGUGUUAGGAGGGUCGAGUAGCAUUAACUAUAUGGCGUACAUCCGAGGAUGCCCUGUAGACUUUGACAGGUGGGCUGAAAUGGGAGCUGAAAACUGGGCUUGGAAAGACGUACUACCUUGUUUUGAGGCGGUGGAGAAUAAUCAGAGUGAACCUGGAUUGUCUGUUACUCAGCAACGCUACAAGACACCAAUGUCACAAGCCUUCAUCAACGCAGGCAUGGAACUUGGUUACCAGACGACACCAGAUAUCAAUGGAAAGUCUAUGUUUGGGUUCGGCAGCUUCCCGGCAACCAUUGUGAAUGGGCAGCGUUGUAGCUCUGCAAAAGCAUUCCUGCAUCCAAUCAAGAGUAGAAAAAAUUUAACAAUUUCACUUAACACUCUAGUCACAAAGAUUGAGAUUGUGGAUGGGAAGGCAAUAGGUGUGCAUGUGCAGUUUGAUGGAAAUGAGGACUUUAUUCCAGUGAACAAAGAGAUCAUCUUAUCGGCAGGUGCUAUAGGAUCUCCACAUCUAUUACUCUUGUCAGGUGUAGGGCCAGAGGAGGAUCUAAAAGAUGUCGGAAUCGAUUGCAAAGUAAAUUUACCUGCAGUUGGUAGGAAUAUGCAGGAUCACUUAACUGUUAUAUUAAGAGCUACCACCACUCAAAGUAAAAUGAUGAUCAACCAAACAGAUGCAAACAGCCUCUCAUCGAAACUGAAAUACAUAUUCCAAAAGAAUGGAAUGCUGACAACAAAUGGCCUUGAAGCAGUUGCAUUCUUAAAUAGCGGGUUAGAGAAAUCUUAUGAAUGGCCAGACCUGCAGAUCAUACCUAUUCCAACUUACUUUCCACUCGGCCCAAAUCAAUUCUACCUACUGAAUUAUGAAGAAAGAUACAAAGCCAUAUUGGAUUACGAUUACACUGAAAGUGAAGCUUGUGAUAUCGAAGGGAUUACCUUGUUGCCUACACUGCUACAUCCAUACAGCAGAGGCUACAUCAAGUUAGCAAGCAAUAAUCCUACAGCGCCACCUAUCAUUAAUCCAAACUAUCUUGCCGACCAGCGAGAUGUCGACGUACUUGUCAAGGGAACCGAGAUUUGUGAGAAGAUAUUUUCAUCAGAUUCUUUUAAAUCAUUCGGACAUGAAUUCAAGUUUCCUGAGUUUCCUGACAGUCCACCGGAUAAAGCCAGUGAAGAAUAUCGACAACAUUUCGUACGUUACAUGGCAUCAACUGUUUAUCAUCCUGUUGGAACUUGUCGGAUGGGGGCAGUAGACGAUCCUUCAACUGUUGUAGACCCAACACUCAGAGUGAAGGGCGUGGAUGGAUUGAGAGUUGCUGAUGCAUCAAUCAUGCCGGAAGUGACGUCAGGAAAUACUAACUCGCCAUGCAUAAUGAUUGGUCAAAAGGCUGCAUCUAUUAUUUUAGCCGACAAGUGAUUAACAUUUACUUACAGCGUAAAUUGAAUUAUCAUAACGUAAUUAUAGAUAUUAUACAAGCAUUCUACAGUAUGUAUUAAAAGGGUCGAUACAGAUAUAAUUAGUAAUUAUACGAUGACACAGUAAUAGGCCUAACUGGCUAUUUAGAAAUGAUCGAUCUAGGUAUAUAUAUGAAGUUAACCGGUUUGUCCAGUGGUGUCUCAUAACUAGAGACUAAAUAUUAGUAAGUCAUUAACUUUAGGUCAGGCCCAGGACAUGCUCCACUAACUAUUAAGGCGAAGCUGUCGAACAGAUACAAUAAUAUAAAUAUUUAGGUACUACUAUCAAUAACUGCACUUCCUUAGGAAACUUCAACAAUUUCAUGUUGACAAUACUAUUUUAAAACUAUUUUAUCAAUCAAUUGUACAAAGUAUUUUAACCUACUAUCUUGUUUGUUUUUAUGGUAAUGUGUCUCAAAUCAGUAAAACUAAAUUCAAAGGAAUCGUUAUAGUUGCUCCCUGUAGCAUAGGCACCGACCUACCGACAAUUGAAUCUAUUUAUGAAGAUUAUUAGACAUAAAACUACUGUGAUAAUGAAAAGCAGCACUCAUCCUUUGCAUGAGUUAUUUAAAUUUGAUCGCUCAGGAUUCAAGUUAUGUGUUCCUAAUACCCGCCAUGCUAGAUAUCGCAACUCUUUUGUUCCAAACUCUAUCCACCAUUUUAACGAACACGCUAUUCGUGUACUAAAGUCUUUAUGCAUUUUUAGAUUUUUUAUAUGUAUCAUAUUUAAAGGUCGACGUCUUUUAUGUAUCAUUUUAAACGGUAAGAGUUCUGAUUUUUUUGAUCAAUUUUUUAUCAAUAUCAUUAGGCCUAUUAUCUUUUUAAUUGAUCGAUUUUAUAUACCCCCUUACCUUUUAAAUAUUUUUAUCAAAUGUAUUUUUACUU